GGUGCUCUCCAAGGUUUUCCAUUUUUCCAUCCAUCCAGAUCAAAAGGUUUUCUUUUCCUUUUUCUGCUCCUGGUUCAACCCCUUACGAAACCCUACCGCGCGCACCCUCCUCUCGGCCUCCAGUCUCCCACCCUCUCUGGCGUUCGGCGGCGGCGGUUGAACGGCGGCUGGCACCGGCGUAUCUGCAGUUUUCUGAAGAAUUGCGUCUGUCCGCCCUUGUUGCAGAGCAAUCCGAGAAUGGCCUGGGGUCAGGGUGCUAGAAGGCCCAUACUAGGGCUUCUGUCUCGUGCUCAACGACAAGCUGCUCGAGGGUAUACUUCUGCAACGUUCGAAACUCACCUGUCGAGCAAUCAUUUUGCCCAAAAUGGCAUGAUUUGUAGGAGAUUUAGCUCUGAGGUGCCUGCUUCGGAGCAAAUGAAUCUUAUUAAACGACUACGCGAAAGAACAUGUGCUCCGAUCAAAGAUGUCAAGGCUUCGCUAGUCAGUUGCAACUGGGAUAUUGAGGAUGCACAGAAGGAUCUAAGGAAAAGAGGGGUGAUAUCUGCUGCCAAAAAGUCGUCAAGGACUGCUGCUGAAGGUUUGCUAGCUAUCGCACAAGAUGAGAAAAGGGCUGUUGUGGUUGAGCUAAACUGCGAGACUGACUUUGUGGCAAGAAAUGAUGUGUUCCAGUAUCUGGCUUCAUCCUUGGCAAAGAUGGCUUUGUCAGCACAGGAUCCCGGCAAAUUGGUUUUUCCUUUUACUCCUGCAUAUUUGGAGAACAUGAGUAUUAACCUAGAUCAUCCUAAACUCAGUGGUGAAACAACUGUUCAAAAUGCUGUUACAGAAGUUGCUGCCAUGGUUGGGGAGAAUGUAAAACUCAGAAGAGGUUUCAUGUUGUCCACGACUGCACAUGGUGUCGUUUCAUCUUAUCUGCAUACCUGUCCUCAGCCAGGUUUGGGCCGCAUUGCUGGAUUGAUUACAUUAGAAGCAGAAGAUAGCAGUGCUUCCCUUGAUGCUCUCAAGAGAGUUGGGUCGUCUAUCGCAAUGCAUAUUGUUGCAGCAAAACCAUUAUUCUUAUCAAAAGAUUUGGUUUCUGCUGCAGCUCUGGAAAAUGAACGUGACGUGCUCCGAACUCAGGCUGAGAGUUCAGGUAAACCCCAAAUGGCCAUAGAGAAAAUGGUGGAAGGCCAAUUGAGGAAGUAUUUUGAAGAUGUCGUGCUUUUGGAGCAAAAAUACGUUGUUAAUGAUAGCACAAACAUUAAGACUCUGCUGAAUGAUUUGUCAAAGGAGGUUGGUUCGAAAGUAACAAUUGGCAAUUUUAUCAGAAUGGAAGUUGGAGAAGGAAUUGAGAGACCUGAGGAAACAGCUAAACCAGAAGCUAUGGCUUGUGCCGCAAUCGGUUCGGCGGGUUACCGAACACGCAUGUCGUCCACCUCCUGCCUAGCCCCUCCCCCUCCGCGGCUCACCUGCGGUAGGGUUAGGCUCCCACCUCCCUCCGCCGCCGCAGAGAGGCCAUCACUCAGAUUUAAGCCUCGCGUGGCUGCUCCCACCAAGGGGUGGGGGCCGGUUCACAUCUCGUGCUUCAAGCAGGAGCACGAUGUGUCAACAACAUCUGAUGAUGGCACCGGCUUCAAGUACAAUGAGCAGGCAGAGAUCUCAGGGGACCCUGACCUGAAGGAGGAAGACGGUGGAAUCCCCAACAGGGAUGAUGAGAAUUAUGUAAAGGGAGACUGGUUUGUUAGAGCGCAGAAGAUAAAGGGAAAUCUACAGGAAACGGUAUCCAGAUUUUGGAAUGAGCGCUGGGCAGUACCUUGGACUGGACAAACAAUUACCCAGGUCAUGUUUUUGUGGAUCGCGACAUUUUGGCUUGUGGGUUCCUGGAUAGUGCCAUUCUUGGCUCAUGCUGCUGGCUUUAGCAAGGAAACAUUGACGCACAGAGGCCAAGCAUUAUAUAGCCUCGUGACGGACAUAACUGAAGGCCUUGCUGGGAUUGCUAUCCUUCACCAGUGCCUUGGUAGAUUCCGUCCCCUUCCCCCAGGCUGGUUUGAGUUCAAAUUGAAGGGCAGAUGGCAUUGGGAUGUAGCGUUGGGGUGCCUGUUAUUCCCACUGGUGAAUUUGCUCUCUCACAUCAACAUCAGCCUAGUUCAUAUGUCAUCAGGGCCAGUCGCUGGGGUAUCCAGUGUAGAACAAUCCAUCAUGGCCCGUGAUCCGGUGGCAAUGGUCUUGUAUGCUGUGGUAGUAACUGUAUGUGCACCUAUAUGGGAAGAGAUUGUGUUCCGUGGUUUCCUUCUCCCAUCUCUAACGCGAUACAUGCCUCUUCCAUGGUCAAUCCUGCUAAGUGCCGCAGCAUUUGCGCUAGCGCACUUCAACGUGCAAAGGGUGUUGCCGUUGAUAUUUCUCGGGGUUGUGAUGGGAGGUGUCUUUGCCAGAUCACGCAACCUAUUGGCAUCGAUGGUGCUUCAUAGCCUUUGGAACGGUUUUGUAUUCCUGGACUUGAUGAAGUGAGAGCUAUGACGCUAUUGUUGUCCAGCUUUUGAUAUAUCUUGUCGAGUUUCCUCCUACCUUUGUGUUUUCAUUUUGCAUGGAGAGUAAAGAAGCUAAGAAGGCUGGAGGUCAGGUUGUUUUAUAUGGAGAAUAGACAACAGAAGACAGCAUUUUGAAGAUUUUUUGUGUGGGGGGUCAGAAGAUAGCCAUAGGACUUGUGCCCAAAAGCAUGUUUUACUAGUGUAAAUUAUAUACGCGUGAGAAUAAUUGCCUCAUUGUGUAUAUAAUUCCCCAUUCAUAUGUAAUUGUGCAUUUUAUUCUUGAUUAUGUGCCCAGAAAUAUAAAUUACUUGGUAU